CUAUCCCGCCAAGGGCGCGAUCCCCUUUUCCCAGCUCCGUAACGGCCAAUCUGCUCCGUCUCCUUCUCCGGAUUGACUCUGCCAGCUGCGCUUGGCCUGAGGUUAACUAGGCCCAGCUCCUUGGGCCGGCCCAUCUUGAGUAUUUCACAGGUGCUUGACCCGAAGCUGUUUAAAUGGUUCAUUUGGGCCGUCCUCUGGAUAUCGGCCCAUCAUAAGCCCCCCAACUCCUCAGUCCUCAGCUGGGCCAAGUGGAGGAGUGGGGAGUUUGCAAAGUCCACGUGGACGCUCCAGCGGGGAUCCGAGCCGUUCCUUGGGUUCCGCACGACAUUUGGGCAUGAUCUCCACAAAUAAGUAAUCAUGGCCUGCCGAUUCGCCUUCCUGUUGUCAGUUAAAAACCGCCGCUGGACGCCAUCUCUUUCUUUCGCCUUCUUCACUACCGUUCGUCUGCAACUCCGCUGCUCACCCGACUCGUUCUUCUUCCUGUCCAGGUCAGUUCCUUCUCUCGCCGCCAUGAUUGUCUCAGAUUCCGAUUCGGCUACCCCAUCGUCCAAUUCUCGCCAAGCCGGUCAAUCGACCUUUGACCGUAACCCCGGCCACACUCCAUCACCCCGGCCGUCGCCGUCGGCCGUGCCUGGCCACAAACGGCGUCGAUUGAGGAAGCAAUACCCUUCCUCAACUCCGGUAGAUGAGGGCUCAAGGGUUGAAUUGGACGAAAACAUCAUGGCGUUGUGCCAUUGUCAAAUUACUGACCGGGGGUUCGCCGAUGCCAGUGACAUGGUUGGACCCUCCAUCGAGGUCAUGAGACCUACCAGUACUCAAACUACUCUAGACGCACCGUCGGGGUUCUUCACGGUCCAUCUGGCGUCUUUGAAGAAGGGGCUGCGCUUCCCACUCCACCCGUUGUUGAUCGAAUUCCUCAACGUGGUGGACCUUCUCCCGUGCCAACUGGUCCCCAACUCUCACCGGUACAUCGCCGGUUACCUGGUCCGGUGCAAAGAUAUAGGGGUGAAGCCGACCUUGGACCAUUUCAUAUUCACCUUCAAACUGACCAAGGGCCAUAAAGAUUGGGCGUCUUAUGCCAGUCUUUCCCAGAGGGCGCCCUUCCUUCCGCCGCAUCCCAUGCCCCCACCUGAUGCCACCGUUUUGUCCAUCACUCGCCAAUUCUGCAAUAAGGGAGUUGUGAACAUUAAAGAGGUGGUGACAGAGGAAACCCUUGCCGGGUUGGGGUUUGAGUUUGUUCAGGAUGAGCUUCGCCACCAACCCGACCUACUGAGGGACAUCCCCGGGGGGCAUCAGCCUGACCAGCUGAAGGACAUUCCUGAGGAAGGUCUUGACUGUGGUCCUUUUGUGGAAUUACAAGAUUCAGGAGAAGAGAUGGACAGCGAUCUCCUGCUCAGUCGCUUCACUGCAGGGAAGAAGAGGAAGAGAGAGACGAAGGGCCAGGGCAAGCGUUCUUCAUCCCACCGCGAGGAGGGUCCUUCUCGAGAGCCGGCCGUAACUAUGGUAGAGGACCAAGAAGAUGCUACCCAGGAACCGGGUACCAUGGCUGGCCAAUCCCCUCCACACCCCGUGAUGCAAGAAGACCAGGCUCGUAUCUCAGCAGGCUCCGAGGACGACCUUGACAACAUGGUCCUUUUGAGGCUCAGUCAGGCUACGCUGGGGAUGAUUGAGGUGGUCGGCCGGAAACGGGGUCGCCAGGCCACCGCAGACGAGGUGAUGAAAGCAGCCGAGGCCAAGCAGAAGGAGCUGCAGGAAGAGGUCGUUCGACUCACAAGGGAGUUGGAGGAGAAAGAAAAUUGCUACGCGGCGCUUGCUGUGGAGAAAGCUUCCCAGGAGAACCGUUGCGUCGCCCUUGAGGCAGACAAGGCCUCCUUGUCCUUGGAGGUAGAAUUUGUUUCUGCUCGCGUGGUCGACCUGGAAGGGGAGAAAUCUGAUCUGAUCCAGCAGUUGGAAGUGGAGAGGAGCGAUCGGGUCCGCCAUGCAGAGGAAGCGGUAGAAUCCUUCAAGUCCUCUCCUGACUUCACGUUGGUCGCGAUGGAGCAGAUGGAAGAGCUAACGGCCGCUUGGCUCAAAACUGAACCUGGGGCUCAAUGGAUGGUCAAGGAGGGGACCAAGUCCUUCAAUUGCGGACUCUUCCGCGCCCAACAGGUCUUCCGCGACAGACUGGCCCAGCUCCCCAAAGGAUUCUCUCUCCCCGACCUUGGCUUCCCUCCUCCCUGGUGCUCUUUGGCCGAGUUCGACCCCAGUCGCUAUCUGGACGGGGGGAGCUCGAGUGCGUCGGAAGAAGAGGAAGAAGAAGAAGUGGAAGGUGGUCAGAGCGACCAGAAUCCAGGGGCCAGCUUAGCCAUGUCCAAAGCGGGUGGACCUUCCGGCUCGGCCGUCUAAAUCCCCCAUUGUUCCCCCAUAGCUUUACAAACACUUGCCUCUCUCUUUUCCUUCGGAAUGAUUUGUCGUUUUGAUACAAUGCUCCUAUGUUGUUUGAUUUUCUAGAUUCACCAUGUGCUUUCUUUUUUCGGCGCUUUACUUCAGCACUCUCUUUUUUGAUUUAGCUGGUUAACAUGUAUGUUUUAGUUUGGGCCCAACUCCUAGUCCCGGCCCGUUUACCUGUCCGGG